AUGGUAACCCUGCCCUGCCAGUCCAAGGAGCUGGUCACGCAGCAGCUGCCCAACCUCAUGAAGGACGUGGGCUCCCUGGACGAGAAGAUGAGGAGCCUGGACGUGAACAGCGACGAGGAGCUGAAGUUCAGCGAGUACUGGCGGCUGGUCGGGGAGCUGGCCAAGGAGCUCAAGCGGGAGAAAGUGGGGAAGAAGAAGUGAGCGGGGCAGGGAGGGGCUGGGGGCCGGGCUGUGAAUAAAGCGUCCC